AUGCUACAAGGAAACAGCCCUCAGGAUCAGAUCCAGGUACUACGCUCCGUCAACAGGGGUAUCCCACCCAAAUCCAUUCCUCCUGCCAACCCUGAUGAUAUUUAUUACGUUGACACCCUACUCGACCCCGACACCCAAAAGGAGGUCAUUUUCUGGGACGAUAUCGUUCAGGCAUUCGAUUACGCAGUUCAAGUCCGGCACAAGGCGAGAGUGGUUACGUUCCUAAGAGGAAGAGGCCAUAUAAUUAUUGAGCCUCGCAGGAUAGCCGCCAUCCCGGACAUUGUCUUGGAUGUGGUCGUAGAUACUCCAAUGACCGACAAUGCGGGGGUCGCUUCUCUCCAGAUCCAACAGCUGGAUAUUCAGCCAGUGCCACUGCAGGACGACAGCACGGUAAAAGUUGAGGUUAUUGAGGUCGUAUCCCAGGAAGCCAUCUCAACACCCAGGACUAUGUCGACGCCAAUUGCUGUGACUGUUACAUCCACGCCCAGCGCAACAUCCCCUUCUACCACAUACUCCACUAUCCGACGGAACCCAGUCUACGGUCUCGUAGAGGUGGCGAUGGAAAACUACACUCACAUCGAUAGACCCCUUGCGUUCCCGUCGGCUCGAGGGCCACAUGAAGUACUGGACGAUCAACCGCCAACCAUCAAGGAUUCUGUCGUCCCUUCUCACUCAAUCAACAGCAGCGACUCUCAGCUGCAAGGACCGCAGAGCGUAAUCACCAACGUUCUUAUAGAGAGGGAUGUGGUUCAGAUUAGCAUUAGCGCCAGUCAUGGAGACAAGGGCUCGCAAGUCGCGCUUGGCGACAUGUACAAGGACGGCAAGGGGCUUCCGCCAAACUAUCAGUUGGCCAUGGAUUGGUACCUCAAGGCCGUCGAGCAAGGAGACGCAGCUGGACAGCAGAGAGUAGGCGCCCUCUACGAUGACGGAAUCGGUGCCCCCAAGAACAACUCAAUAGCUAUGACAUGGUACCUCAAGGCGGCCAAUCAAGGACAUGCUUCCGCUCAACACAGCAUCGGAGUUCUCUACAACCGUGGUCGCGGUGCUCCCAAAGGCUACGCAGAGGCGAUGAAAUGGUACCUCAAGGCCACCGAAGGAGGACAUGCAGGUUCGCAGAACAGCGUUGGUGAAUUAUACUACUUUGGUCAAGGUGUUUGGGAGGACUACGCACAGGCGAUGGAAUGGUAUCUCAUGGCCGCCAAUCAAGGACACACCUCCUCACAAUACAACAUCGGCGACCUCUAUAACUAUGGUCAAGGUGUUCUCAAAGACUACGCAGAGGCGAUGAAAUGGUACUUCAAGGCCGCACAGCACGGACAUGUCAGAUCACAACACAGCAUCGGCCUUCUCUACGACAAGGGCCAAGGUGUUCCCCAAGACUACGCCCAUGCGAUGGGAUGGUAUCUUAAGGCCGCCAAUCAAGGACAUGCCGCCUCACAGUACAACGUCGGCAUCGCCUACAAGCAUGGUCAAGGUGCUCCUCUGGACUUUGGACAAGCGAUGGACUGGUUUCUCAAGGCCGCCAAUCUAAGGUCUGCCUUUGCUCUUAACAGCAUCGGUCUCCUUUACCAUCACGGUCAAGGUGUUUCCCAGAACUCUGCACAAGCGAUGAAAUGGUACCUCAAGGCCGCCGAGAAAGAGAACGACGUUGCCCAAUAUAACAUCGGCCUACUUUAUACAAAUGGCGACGGUGUUCCCCAGGAUUAUACAAAGGCCGCGAACUGA